AUGCCAGAUGAAGCGGAAACGGGCGGGAUGCAGCUUGAGGAGGCAGAAAGAGGGCCACUGCCAGAUGCCAACCUUAAGUUCGGGAGAGGGUUUCUGGAACUGAUCGCAAAGCGAUGGGCGCCACACAGCCACUUGAUCACGCACUCAGAUGCCGUGUCUGGUCCGUGCAUCGGCCCUGAUGCCGCUGCCCUGACGCAAGGCGGCUUGCCGGACCUCCUGACAGGGCGGAGGUCCCAGGGCAAAGAGGAGAAGAACAAGGAGGCGUGCGGCAACGAAAGUGAGGGCAGCGAGCCCCAGCCUGCCUCCGACCAGGAGAUGAAGAAAGAUGACCUCUUCAAGAAGGCCACGGCUGCAGAAGAGCGCGAGGCCUUCCUCCACGCAUUGAUGCAAGACCGGGCCGAGGCCGACCGCCUCGAAAUCGAGGCUCGCAAGGAGGCCAAGCGGGCGGAGACAAUGCGUCGCCUCGAGGCCACAAACCGUGCCGUUCGAGCACAGUUUGAACUGCUCGUGAGCGCCGCGGACUUCCAGGAGGCUAGAGUGCAGUUCGUGGCCAAUGUGGAGGAAAUUCCAAUGGAAGGACCGCUGGCCCCAUCUGCCCCUGCCUCGUCCGCUUCGUCAAUGAUAGGUGCCAUCGCGAAGCCCAUCUUGAAGGGUGCUGGCGACCGCAAGCACGCGGCUGCUUGCCGUGGGCAAGCCUGCGGGGACGAAACUCCAAAUUCAGAUUCCUCCGAUGACAGCGCACACAUCUCAGCCGAGCAGAGCAGAGAGAGGGGGAGAGAGUGCGCAGCAGAGAGACAGCGAACAUGA